UGCCAGAACUUGUGGCGGCUGCAGCGGCUAGCAGCCUCGACUGACUGGAGGAAGUGUGUUGAGGGUUGAUGGGAGCAGAGCAGCAGUUCAGGCACUGAGCAGAGCUUCCAUUUUAACACGGCCAGCAGCAGCCAACAGCCAGUAGUAGGAGCCAGCAGCAACAGCCUGGGAGGGAGCAGCAGUGGGGGCAGCAGAGCCGGAACAAAGUGAGCUCACAGAAGAAGUGCCUCUAAUCACCGCAUUCCAGCAGCGGAGAGCCAGUCAACUUCCUCUAAGCCUGUGUGACGGGCUGAGAGCUAUUUUACUCGUCUUCACCUGGACUGGACUUUACCCACCUCUCCCUAGCAGUGUCUGACUGACGAAGGAUUUUAAAGAAAGAAGGAAAAUAAAACUAACUUUCUUUGGUUUUAAAACGGAAGAAGACCCAGAUGUGAAGAUGGAGGAGGGAUACGAACUUGACCUGACUUACGUGACGGAGCGCAUCAUCGCUGUGUCCUUCCCCCGGGCAUGCUCAGAGGAGAUCUACUUUCACAACCUGAAGGAUGUCACACGGAUGCUCAAGUCCAAGCAUGCUGAUAACUACCUGAUUAUCAACCUGUCGGAGAAGAGACAUGAUCUCUCUAAAAUGAACCCUAAGACUCUGGACACGGGCUGGCCUGACCUGCAUGCUCCUCCUCUGGAUAAGAUCUGUACCAUCUGUAAGGCCAUGGAAAACUGGCUCAAUGCUGACCCUCUACAUGUGGUGGUCAUACACUGCAGGGGUGGGAAAGGCCGAAUUGGAGUGGUCAUCUCAUCAUUUGUGCAUUUCACCGACAUAUCUGCCAGUGCUGAUCAGGCCCUGGACCGCUUUGCAAUGAGGAAGUACUACGACGACAAGGUCUCAGCAUUAAUGACACCCUCUCAGAAAAGGUACGUUUGGAUCCUGAACAGUCUCCUGAGUGGGUCGAUGAAAAUCAACGCCUCUCCACUGUUCCUGCAUUGCAUCAUUCUACAUGGGAUACCAAACUUUGACACUGCAGGAGUGUGUCGGCCAUACCUGAAAGUCUACCAAGGAAUGCAAGCUGUCUACUCCUCAGGGGUCUAUCACAUUGGGCCUGGACACAGAGACAGGAUAUGUAUCAGUCUGGAACCUGCUCAGAUGUUAAAGGGAGACAUCAUGGUGAAGUGUUACCAUAAGAGUGAUGUCACUUUGGAGCGUGAGGUGAUCUUCCGGCUCCAGUUCCACACAGGAGCAGUGCAGGGCUACAACCUGGUGUUCGAGAAGGAAGACAUGGAGACUGCCAAUAAAGAUCGCAGAUUUCUGGAUUACGGGAAAGUGGAGCUGGUGUUCUCUGAGGGCCCGGAGAAAAUCCCAGGUGCAGAGCGCUGGCAGAACGGGGCAGACGUAAGUGUGGACUACAACACAGCCGACCCUCUGACACGAUGGGACUCUUACCAGAACAUAAUUGACGCUGAAGUGCCCCGCUCUCAGGGACUGGCCCAGGACAAAGUCUCCCCAUCCAAAAGGAGCCCUAACGGGGAAGUAUCCACCACCCUGACCCUGGGCCGUGGAGCCCACCAAGCCACUUCUACCACCAGCAGCCCCGACCACAGCGACCACGCCCUGUCAGCCAGCAGCGACUCAGGCCUGUCCAGCACCUCUCUGUGGACUGACAAACCCCCAGCCCCCAUCACCACAACCACCAGCUCCAGGCCCCAGCAAGGCCCCAGCCGUCAGGAGAAGGCCCAGCUGAAGCGCCUGCUGAGCGGGUUCGGCCUGGAGGAGAUGUCUGAGUGCGGAGGAGGAGGGCCAGGAGUGAUGACCAUACAGAAGCGGGUCCCAGCCCAGGUGCAUGGCAACGGGGACCUGCGGCCCCCCAGGGAGAGGGAGACGGACAUCCUGGAUGAUGAGGUCCUCCUGUCGGGUCACGACCUGCGCAGUGUGGACAGCCUCGGGACCCUGUCAUCCUCCUGCCACAAGAGUAGCCAGAACUCCCUGCUGUCAGAUGGCUUCGGUUGCCCUGGGGGAGAGGAGCACCAGCUCCACCACCACCACCAACCCCAGCACCACCACCCAGCCCCGGCCACAAUGGAGGAGUACGAGAGAGCCUAUGUAGAGGCCCGGAGGAGCUGCUUUGGCCAGAGGAGUGCCUCAGUCUCCACCCCUGCCAGCGCCGUGCCGAUGCCCAAGCAGCAGGUCUACCGGCAGGGCAGCUACUCCACACACACCUGGGUGCGCCAACAGCAGAUGGUAGCAGCCCAUCAGUACGCCUACCUGCAGGCCGAGGAAGGUGAGGAGAGGGAGAGGUACCCAGGGGACAACAAACCACAAGGGGGAAGCCCACCCAAACCUCCAGCCCCUAUAGUGUCACAACAAGGACCCGUGCUGAGUAUGAACACUGCUGCCUUGAGAACGGUGGUGGCACCACAGACACACAACGAGCAUCCUCCUGCAGUCGUCAACAAUAACAACAACAGCCGAGACGAAGAGUUCAACUCUUUGACUGUGGACAUUGAUAACUCCAUCGACCAGCUCAACCAGUUGAUCAUGGACCUGGACCCUACGUUCGUGCCUGUCCCCACACGCUCCAGCUCGGUCAAGAGGAACGGCGGGGAGCAUGUGAAUGGCUCAGCCACCACAAAUGCCACCUCCACCGGCUGCCCCAACGGAGUCAGUCCCAGAGUCACAGAGAACAGUACAGCCGCAACGCAAAGCACACAGCCGUCAGCUGCCCCAUUGUCCGUUUGUGACGUCAGAGUGGACGCCAUACAGAGUCGGCAGGGCAGUGAUGUCACAGAUCACCCAGGAUUCGGUGGCUUACGCUGGGGCGUGCAGGAGGAGUACAAGAGCACACGGACCUACUCACCCUGCGUACCUCACUCCCAGCAUGGCAUGCUGUUCAGGAGUGACAGUGUGGACUACAGAGCUCAGGGUCCAAAGAUGGACAGUGGAGUGGAGGCUGGUAGUGACAUGACUCCUACUCCUGCCUUCCCUAUCUCUCCCCCUACACCUUAUGUGAAAAACAUGGCGGAAUUCACUCACCUGAGGCAAACUCCAUCUCCCAGCAUGCAAUCCUACGGAGCUUACAGGACGGAGCAUGAGCCCAGAGGUUACUUAGAGAUGAUUGGUCAUGUUCCCCAGUCGGCAGAAGAGUGCCUGCCAGACUCUUCCCCCAGCUGCCAUAGGUCCUUUGGUUACUCUCGCUCGGCGUUCAUUAGUGGGAUGCCACAACGGACAGACAGCCCCUCCAUGGGUCAGCCCUGGCCAGAGGACAGAGCCCUCCUGCCCCACUCCAUGUCCUUGGACUAUGGCCACCACUCCCCUCCCAUGCACCCCCAACCCCACCCUCACCCUGUGCCCAACGCCCACAGCUCCCCCCGGGGCAGCCAGCAGAGCCACAUGGCACACUAUGGCCUCACCCACAGCCUUACGCACAGCUUCGAUGAGAAAGACAACUUAGGCCUGGGGGGCUAUGGCGCAGCCGACUGCCCACCCUCUGCCUUUCCUCUACUGGGGAACGGAGGCAUGGAGAGGGGCCUGUCCAUUAUGGGUUCCAUGGAUGGGCUGGGCACCAUCCGGACCCAGCACCUGCCGCAGCUGCAGCAGAUCCAGGCCCAGGGGGCCUUGCCUCCACUGCUGCCUGAGAAGAGGAGGGAGUCGGACGGGGAGCACUCCUUGGGCACAGCCUCCCCAGCCCCUAGCGGAUUCUCCAGCCCACAUAGCGGAAGCUCCCUCAGUAUCCCAUUUCCCAACAUCCUGCCUGACCUCUCAGCCUCUACACAGAUGCCGGGCACCGCUUCACCUCUGCCAGAUGUCCUAGCCAGCAAGCAUGUGACUGUAAACUUUGUGCAAGACACAUUGAAAUUCUGGUACAAGCCUGAUAUCUCCAGGGACCAAGCUAUCUCAGUCCUGAAGGACACGGAGCCCGGAUUUUUCAUAGUACGGGACAGCCACUCCUUCAAAGGAGCCUAUGGGCUGGCCAUGAAGGUGGCCACACCCCCUCCCUCAGUCCUGCAGCAGAGCAAGAAAGGUGAUCUGUCCAAUGAGCUGGUCCGUCACUUCCUGAUUGAGUGUACACAGAAAGGAGUUCGGUUGAAGGGCUGUCCCAAUGAGCCCUACUUUGGUAGUUUAACUGCGUUGGUAUGUCAGCACUCCAUUACUCCCAUGGCUCUGCCCUGCAAACUCAUCAUACCUGACAGAGAUCCUCUUGAAGACGUGGUGGAGAAUACUGCUACACAAUCUGUCUCCAACUCUGCUGCUGAGCUCCUUAAACAAGGAGCAGCAUGUAAUGUGUGGUUCCUGGGCUCAGUGGAGAUGGAGUCUCUGACAGGGUACCAGGCUGUGCAGAAGGCCACCAGUGUAACAUUGGGCUCAGACCCCCUGCCCACCUCCACCGUGGUCCACUUGAAAGUCUCCUCACAGGGAAUCACCCUCACCGACAACCAGAGGAAGUUGUUCUUCAGAAGGCAUUAUGCAGUGAACACUGUCAUCUUCUGUGCAUUGGACCCUCAAGAUCGGAAGUGGAAAAAAGAUGGCUGCACUUCAGCAAAGAUCUUUGGCUUUGUGGCGAGGAAGACGGGCAGCGGGCAGGACAACGUGUGCCACCUGUUCGCCGAGCAUGACCCCGAGCAGCCCGCCAGCGCCAUCGUCAACUUCGUCUCCAAGGUGAUGAUUGGCUUCCAGAAGACCAAGUAGCCCUGCAACGCUGCUAGCUAAUUGGCUAGUGGGGCUGUUUCUAAAACUUAAAACCGUACAACCCUCAACCUGAAGGUUAUGAGCCAGGACUUGGACAGGCAGUGGAACAGAGUUCCAUCCACAGAACUAGAAUGGGUUUUGCGAGAUACUAUUUCUAUGGUUACACUACCUAAGAAUGGGAUACAAUUGAUGACAGAAUAAUCUAGAGGCAAAAGAAACCCACACCUAUUUAGGCGAGGUGCUGGCUAGCGGAGUAGAACACUUCAAAAAUAAAGGAGAGCCACACACUCUAGGAGCUCAGAUGCAAAAAUAUUUAUGUCCAAUGUUUCGACAGACAAGCUGUCUUCAUCAGGGCAGCACUCCAUCACUUGUCUGUCGAAACGUUGGACAUAAAUAUUUUUGCAUCUGAGCUCCUAGAGUGUGUGGCUCUCCUUUAUACAAUUGAUAACAAGCAUGAAAAGACUUACAAGUUACAACUCCCCAACCUAUCCAAGUCAUCUCCUGCUUACAACACAGAGGGAACUGUGGACCAUCAGCAGGACAGGAGACUCAAUGAGAUCUUUCAUUGAGUCGAAUGAAAACUCAAAACUCCUUUGACUUCAUUUUCUAACAGACUCUUUCCUUAAGAUGAUUAUUAAGGGUUUGUCUGGAAGGAAAAAGAGAAUAUACAACAGCUACGUUAUAAGAUGUGUAUUUCAUUUUUAUGUAUCGUUGUAGAACUAAUACAGAUGUUUGCAUUUCUGUCUCAAAAGGGUUUACAGUUUUAUGUAUCCCAACUCUUUACAAGUUAGUUACAUAUUCCUAUUCUCAACAUGCUCUGUGUGUUGUAAUAGUAUACUAUAGGGAAGCAUAGAAGCCUGGCAUGUAAGGGUUUGUCAUGUUGAAUAUUUAACCAAAAAUAAAUAAACUAUAUAAAGCAUUAUUCAAGCUAUUAAAAAUGGUACUGAAAAAUACUGUAAAUCAUAACUUCUCCUUAUGUUAUCAAAAAACUUUAUUUUUGUAAAUGCAUCAUAUACUAUUUGAAAAGUUAUAUCUAUUGACUUUAUGUUAGAACAAAAAAAAAAUCUAAAUAUUUUCCCUAAACUGAUGUUUCACCAUCCCAAUCAUUUAUCUUGAAUUUUGAUAUUGCUCAACUCUGGAUAUGUAUGCGAAUUAAAACCACUAUCAAAACAAUAACUCACAAAAAUGUGAAGAUCUGGAAGGGGAGCGUUGGAAUGAAUCAGACCAUAGAAAAAUAUUAUAUAUGUAAACCCUAAUAUAUUCUAUGAUUUCUUUAUAUCAUUUGUUAAUUACAUGUACUUUGAACCCAUGUACUACUUCGUUCAGUACUGCUUUGUCUGGAAGAUUGUUUUAAAAUUGAUAAAUUACUGUUUGUUUUUCCUUUUGGCUAGUCUCAAGUAAGUGUUUAAAUUGACUUUUUGGUGGUAUAUUAUUGGCACUAACUAUAUAUUGAAAUGUCUCAGUGUUAAAAUAUAUACAGUACACUGAGUGUACCAAACAUUAGUAUUGAUUAAUAUUAAAAUGUAGUUGCACCCCCUUUAGUCCUCAGAACAGCCUGAGUUCUUUGGGGCAUGGACUCUACAAGGUGUCGAAAGCAUUCCAUAGGGAUACUGGCCCAUGUUGACUCCAAUGCUUCCCACAGUUGUGUCAAGUUGGCUGGAUGUCCUUUGGGUGGUGGACCAUUCUUGAUACACACAGGAAACUGUGGAGCGUGAUGAACCCAGCAGCGUUGCAGUUCUUGACACAAACUGGUGCGCCUGGCACCUACUUCCACAGCCCGUUCAAAGGCACUUAAAUAUUUUGUCUUUCCCAUUCAACCUCUGAAUGGCACAGAUACACAAUCCAUGUCUCAAUUGUCUCAAGGCAUAAAAAAUCCUUCUUUAAACUGUCUCCUCCCCUUCAUCUACACGGAUUGAAGUGGAUUUAACAAGUGACAUCAGCUUUCACCUGGUCAGUCUAUGUCCAUGGAAGGAGCAGGAGUCCUUAAUGUUUUUAUACUCAGUAGAGGACAUUUGUGUUAUAUAUUUCAUUUGGAAUUAUGAAAGAAAUAUUGUGUUGGAACAAUAGGCGAUCAUUGGGGCUUGAUUGAACUCGACGGAAAAGUGCAAAAGUGUCAACACUGCCCACCCAAUGCAUCGAGCGGGCUCAACGAAGUGCAGAUUUUUAAUCAUAUUUUUGUCUAGAUGAACUUUUUAAUGGUCACAUUUAUUAAUGUCAAAUAAUCAGGGCAGGGACCACCUAAUUCCAAUACACUUUGUUGAUAUACUAUACAUUCAUUGUGUACAUUUUAGUUGUAUUUUUUUCUCCAUUUUGCUCAUGAUGUACUAAUAUUAUUUACAGUCUGUACCUCAUAAUACCUUUACUAUCUCACAUUUGAAAAAAUAAUUAUAUUUUUUUAUGUUUCAUAUUGAUUUGCAGCAAGUGACAUAAAAAGUUCAUUUGUAUAUGAGAAAUGGAAUUUUCAAUGUUGAAUGUGAAUAAACAAAAGGGCAAAAUUA